AUGGGUUCCACUCAAACCAACUCUAUUGCCACACUAGAUACCUUAAGUCAUCAAAUCAAAGACCCUCUAAAUUCAAAGCUUGAAAUUUUAGAAAAAUGAAUAAAAUCAACCAAAGUCAACGCAAUAAAAACAAUUGCUUUUAUAGAAAUCACAAAGAUCUAUAAAAAUCCCGAAUUUUCAUUGAGCCUAGAAACCAUUCCUUCUUUAAAAGCUAAUCAUAAUUAAUGUGGUGGAGAAUAAAUAUGUGCUUGGUUAAAUGCAUUGAGGAUGCAAAAGUCAUUUUAUAGCCUAAAUCAAGGCUUGGCACUUAACUCUAACUCUUAGUCUGCCUUUUGACUGGCCAUAUGGGGUGAGUAAACUUAGGGAUGAGGCUGGUGGUGACUCCUUGGUCAGGUAGUCGUUGUUUCAGAUUUUUUGGGACACGAUUCUUUUCUCUACCAGUUAAUUUUUUCAGGAUGCCAUCAUUCCUCAAGGUGGCCGACAAAAAGUAUUGGACUGAAAUUUACCUUCAUAGCACCCGAUGGAGAUCUGACAGAGGAUACCCACAAAUAGACUAGGAUCUUGAGAAGCACAGUCAAGUCCUAUCCUAACUCCCCCCCUCCGUGAGUGAACAAAACCAUUAGAAAAAUCCCUAUUUUGUUCCCAAAAACCCGCCCUCCGUGAGCGAACAAAAAUUUUUUUAAUAGAAAACAUUUUUUAUGGAAAAAAAUUUUGAUAUAUAAAUGAUAAUUAGUAUAAUGAAAUCUAAACCUAAUUCUAUUUAAUUUUAAACAAAUUGCUUUUUAAAACAUAAAAUUUUAUAAAUUAAAUUAAUAUUUUUUUCAAUUUUUGCGAAUUAGGAUUUUUUUAAAUUUCGAAAAAAAUAUUUUUAUAAAAUUUAUAUAUAAAUUGUUUUAAAAAAAAAACAAUUAACCCCCCUCCGUGAGUGAACAAAAUUUUUUUGUUCACUCACGGAGGGGGGGGGGGAGUAAGGAGAUCACUACUUCAAAUAGCAGCCAUUUUUAAGACUGGUAAGUAUGUUGGUGUAAUCAAACGCAACAUAGGCAAAGACAACUAACAGAAAUAUGUUAAACUAUUUUAAUCUAAUUUAAGGCUAAUCCUCAAUUCUAACGACCAAAAUAUUAUUUUCGAUAGCCUAAGCAUUCUGUUGCAAUAUUUAAAGUCCAACCAGUCAUCUAUUGAUUUUAUUGUACAUAAUGGAGUUCUUCAAGAUAUUUUUAAGCUUUGCUCACAUAAUUCAGAAAAAAUUAUCGGAAUUUCUAUACUGGGCUGAGGUGUUUUAAAGCAUUCCAAAUUAGAUAAAAAAUAUGAUUUUUUAUGAUAAAAUAGGCUAAAUUUCUAGAGAUUAGUCUAAAGAGGGAUAUUAAAUUUUUAUUAGAAAUCUUAGAAAUAAGCAAAGAUGCCAGAGUUUUCAUGUAUUUUUCUGGAGUUAUUGAGUCUUUAGCAAAAUUAAUAGCUCAUGAAAAUUUGACUAUUAGAAGCGCAGCAAUAGAUAUUAUCAACAAAUUGUACUUUAAUGAAGAAGUUUCAGUUGGGAAAAUUGUAAAUUCAGAGAUUUUGGAAGAUUUAGUAGCAAUGGCAAAGUCGAGCUAUUGGAUGGACAGAUUUUCUAUUGCUGCUGUUUUCACGAAAAUUAUUGGUGAUAUAUCCGAUGAAAAAAUUCAAAUGGGGAUGGUUGAUUCUUUGCUGGAAAGCUUAGGAAGUGAGACUUCGUUUUUAAUAAAUUCAUCACUAAUUUGCUUAUUUCUUUUAGUAAACAAUAAAAAUUAUUAUUUAUUCCUAUAAUGCAUAAUAAACGAUUUUUUUAUUCUUAAAUUACUUUUUAAUUAGUAUAAAUAUGCUGAAUAAUUUUAAAAUAUCAUUAAGGAGAAUUAGCUUACAUGCUUGAACUUGGCACAAAAGGUCAACAGAAAAAUCCUUAUCAAUCUGCUUGCAAAGCCUCCAAGUAUUUUCCAUGCUUAAAAAGCCUCACAGAGUCAAAUUGUUUUGCAAAAAUAAUCUGAAACAGAUAUUUUUGUAAAAAUGAUUUAAAAAUCCAAAUGGAAGAAAAAAUUUUAAUAGAGGGCACAAUACAUCCUAUAAUAAUUGAAACAAGCACAAAAGGAGGAUAUUCUACUACCAGUGAAAAUAGAAAUGAUAAUUUUCCAUUAGAUUCUUCAAAGGAAAGCAAUUUUAAUACAGAAAACUAUCAUAAUCUUACAAAAGAUAAAGCUGAUCCACUUGCGAGUAUCGAUUUUUCUUCAUCUCAAUAUAAAAUAAAUAAUCAAGCACACGGAGAAAAAAACAACGAAAAAUCAAACAAAAGCAGUCUUAGGAAAUUAAAACCCAAAAUUCUCAAAAGAAAAUUACCAUCACAUAAAAAAGCAGAAACCAAAGAAAAAGAAAUCCAAACAAAUGAUUUUUCUGAUACAAAUACUUUCGAAAACCAAGAGAAUAUUACAAUUCCAGCAUUAAAAAAUAAAAAAUCCAGAUUAGCAAUAGAAAAAUCUUCAUCUCCAAUUGAAAUCACUCCAUCCUUCGAAAGAAUUAAAAUAACAUUAAUAAAGUCUGAGCCAAUUGAAAAGAAAGCAGCUUUACCACAGCCAAAGAAGCAAAAUAUAGCAAGCAAUCCUAACAUAAGAUCAGAUCAAAAUGAUAUCAAAAUUUCUGAAUCCUUUUCUAAUUCAUCAAACAUUAAAAAUAAAGCAGAAACUCUACAAAAGUCUUCAUUUUUACAAAAAUCUACCAAUAAAUCUUCUGAAGAGGAAAAUAGCUUCUCUGGGCUUUUUACGUCUCAAAUACCAGUUAAAACACCAUGCAACAAAGAAUAUCGUUCAAAUGAAAAUUCAUCAGCAGUUAAAGAAGUCCCAACUAAGCAGCCAACUAAUCAACCCCAGUCCAAAUUUUCAUAUACCACUUUUAAUGAUCUUGAGCUAAAUUCUUCAUUUUAUGAACAGUCAGACCUUGACUCUAGCUUUGAAUACUCCUUUAUAAGCAAUCCAAAUUGUAAAGUUGAAGACCUUCCUGGCUGGGCUAGUACUUUUACUGGGAGUUCUAAAAGAAAAUGGAAUGGAAACUUAGAAGGGCCAAAGAAAAAAGAUGGGACCCCAGAUAUGAGAUAUGGAGCUAACUAUAAGCAUAGGCUUGAUAAUAAGUCGCAAUAUAAUUUUAGCACUCUAAAUGAGACAGAAAAUACAAAAUUCCCUAGCUGGGCAAGCACUUUUACAGGCAGCAAGACAAGGAGUUGGAAUGGAAACCUUUAUGGACCGAAAAAACUAGACGGAACUCCUGAUAUGAGAUAUAAAGAAAAUUAUGCUUAA